GCGGCGGCGGGGUGAACGCGGAUUGUCUUGGGAGUCUCGGGCGAAGAUGCCGUAUGCCAACCAGCCCACCGUGCGGAUCACUGAGCUCACCGACGAGAAUGUCAAGUUCAUCAUAGAGAACACGGACCUGGCGGUGGCCAAUUCUAUUCGGAGGGUCUUCAUCGCAGAGGUCCCUAUCAUAGCCAUCGACUGGGUUCAGAUCGAUGCCAAUUCCUCAGUCCUUCACGAUGAGUUCAUCGCGCACAGGCUUGGGUUAAUUCCCCUCACUAGUGAUGACAUUGUGGACAAGCUGCAGUACUCCCGGGACUGCACGUGUGAAGAGUUCUGCCCCGAGUGCUCAGUGGAGUUCACGCUCGAUGUGCGAUGCAACGAAGACCAGACGCGCCAUGUCACCUCUCGAGACCUCAUUUCAAAUAGCCCUCGGGUGAUCCCGGUGACAUCCCGUAACCGAGACAACGACCCCAAUGAUUACGUGGAGCAGGACGACAUCCUGAUUGUCAAGCUGAGAAAGGGCCAGGAGCUGAGACUUCGAGCCUAUGCCAAGAAGGGUUUUGGCAAGGAGCAUGCCAAGUGGAACCCGACUGCAGGGGUGGCUUUUGAGUAUGAUCCGGACAAUGCCCUUAGGCACACUGUGUACCCCAAGCCAGAAGAAUGGCCAAAGAGUGAGUACUCAGAGCUGGAUGAAGAUGAAUCACAAGCUCCUUAUGACCCCAACGGCAAGCCAGAGAGGUUUUACUACAAUGUGGAGUCCUGUGGCUCUUUGCGCCCUGAAACCAUUGUCCUCUCGGCCCUCUCUGGAUUGAAGAAGAAGUUGAGUGAUUUACAGACUCAGCUAAGCCACGAGAUUCAGAGCGAUGUACUAACCAUAAACUAACUGCAGCUUGCCUGUUUCAGCACAGGGAAGAUUGAAGGCCGCAGCUGGAGUUCAGGCCUCUUGUGCCUCCUAGUUUCCGGGCUCUGGGCUGCUACUGCUCAAGCUGCACGACAGGUCACCAGGACCAGCUAGCUGGGGGUUGCAGAUGGGUUAUCAGGAAUACCUCUGGUGUUGCAGCACAGCUGAUUUCUACAAGACAAUUAGCAUCCCUGGUCCUGCCAGGGUAGUGCUUGCCAGAACUCAAAGCGUCCUUCCCAUCCUGUUUCCUGGCACGCCAGUAGGGGGCUGUCCUGCUCUGCUGUAUAGAACACUGGACUUCUCUCCUGGUCAUUCCAGCUCUUUAAAGUCUUUCUGUCCAAAAGUUUUCACAGCUGUAAGUGAGGUUUCUAGUAUUAGGAUUAGGUGCUGGAACCUUGGUCCAGGCAGCCUGUAAGAUCCCAGAGGCCAAUCUGCGGGCCCUUCAAAUUCCUAGAUGCCCAUAAUUUGAGAAGUAACCCUUUGAAAUAGGAUAGCAUUAGACCUUGGCUGUCUUCUGCCCCACAUGUAAACAUGUGCUUACUCUACCCACCCAGCAACUCCUUCCACGCAUGGCUUUCUCCUAAUGAAGGUUCUGGUCCUGGCUCCUUAGCAGUCUCCAGGUGGGAGCAUACUCAGAGCAGCUAGUUAGGCAGCCUGGAGAGAAGCAGAGAUCAGUAUAGAAAAGAAGGGGUAUUUAUUGAUUAACAGUAGUUGUUGUUUUAAAAGUUUUUAUUUUUGGCAAUAAAGAGCACAACAUAACCUC